AGAAUUAUCCAUUUAACUAUCUGUGGCUACCUAGCGUUAACUACCACGUACAGUACAAGGCAAGGGCCUGAUGGUGGGUAUAAUGUAUUACGUUACAACAGGAAUCUGUUCCGAAUACUUCGUAAAGUAUAAGGUUGCCAACAAACAACGCAUACAAAGGAGAUAAAUUAAUCUAGCUAACGAAUAAGCAUCAACUCACCAAGUAGCUUAUUCAUGGGCUACCAGAGUGAGGACAGACAUUUUUUCGAAUAAACGUGGACCCCAAGAACUGUGUGGAGAACCUAUGUGUUGUGGGUGGAGACAGCAGGUCGUGGCUGUGCAACCCCCAAGACCGAAGUGGAGUCCUCAGAGCAGAACUGCAGCUGGAGCGAGCCUCAUACUUUGGAUACAUCGAUGGAACUGUGGAUCUGCGUUCAUUCAGAUUGAUGUCGGCCGGUCCUCUUGGCCCCUGGACCAGCCCUAUAUCACCCUGUUGCCAACAGCAACACUGAUGAGUCCAGCAGAAUCGCGACAGGGCACUGGGCUGACAGGAGUGAGAAUGUUCAAGAAAGGUGAUUUCCUGUCAGAAGGUGCAGAGGACAGCUGGGACCGGGUGAGAGUAACCUGCACCCAGCCUUUUAACAAGCGCUCUCAGUUUGGCCUGUCCUUCCUGCGCAUCCGCAGCCCCCUGGAGGAGAGCGAGGAGGGCUCCACACAGACUUGCAAAGAGAACCAUGGUCAGACAACCCCAGACAAAUCAGCAUCAGGUGUGAGAGAAUGGCUGUCGAGCCCUGCUGUGCAGAGAACCUUCUUUGGGGGAGCGAAAGGGGAGGGUGUGGUUCUGAGCCGGACAGCUCGUAUGGUCCUCACAGCGUCCCAGGCUGCCAGGCGUUCUCUUUCCCUUCCUGCCACUUCCUUGUCUCCCAGUCACACAUCAUCCUCUGGCACUCAGAAUACAGCAACCUCUUCCCCUCCCACAGCCAAGCCAGAUGCAACUACUCAUAUCCCCAACCAGGGAAAGCCAGGGGCUCAUACAGCUACACACAACAAAGGCAAGCCAGUUGGAAAUAUGGGAAAUAUACACCCUCACACAGCUUCAAUGGCUUGUUUAAGCACAGUUCGCAGUUCCAAGGAAAAUACUUCUCAAAGACAGCUGAAGAGAAAACCAAACUCCAAAAGCAGGCAGAACCAGCUGAAUGGCACCACCUCUAGUAAGCACGGAAAACCUGCAGUCUGUAAGAGGCCAAUAGCUACUCUACAACACACUGCCACAGCCCCUCAUCCUCACCCAUCUCCAGAGCCUCAGGACACUGGUGACCUUGAGACCACAUGCCCAAUAUGUGGAGUGUUCUUUACUGCAGAGUACCUGCCGCUCCACGCCGCCUCCUGCCAGCAGGUGGAGACCAGGAAGCUCCCUGGGGGGAUUGUGACCCCUGUUCCACGCCCCUUCCCUGUCUCUCCCGCCAGCCUAGAGGAGUCCAUGGUGCCCUGCCCUCUCUGCUCCUUCAAGUUCCCUCUGUCCCACAUCCAGAUGCACGCCAGCACCUGUGGAGACCCCGUGGACCCCCAUGUUAUCUGGGUGGACUAGGAAAGAAUGCAUUGUAUAGUAACACGUUUUUGCUUUUAAUCAGUGGGCAGUGCAGCAAACGUGGACAAUCUUUUGUUUUUAAUGUACUGUAUGUAUAUUUGUAUUUUACUGACUUGUUCUGUAGCUAUAUAUACCUGGACAAAUAAUGAAUCUCUCUCUGCCUACCUCUUCACCACUCUGCUCUGAAUGAUUGGUUCUCUCCUGAGCUCAUUGAAGGCUGUUUGUUAUUGCACUGUUUACACAUGCUAUGUGCUAAUGAUGACCUAUAAUAUAUUGUAUACUAUAAACCGCGUCAAUCAUAGACUGUUCAGUUCAUCUUUUUUCACAUAAUUGAAAUGAUCAAUUAAAUUAACUGUGAUUUA